AUGGUUGCCCCGCCGAAGCCCCGGCUCCUAUUCCGGACCCUGCUCCUGGCACUCUUUUUCCUCCCCCAGGCACGGCCGGCCGGCGUCUUCGAGCUGCAGAUCCACUCUUUCGGGCCGGGCCCUGGCCCCAGUGUUGUGCGGUCUCCGUGCAGCGCCCGGGGCCCCUGCCGUCUCUUCUUCCGGGUCUGCCUGAAGCCAGGGGUCUCCGAGGAGGCCGCCGAGUCCCCGUGCGCCUUGGGCGUAGCCCUGAGCGCGCGCGGGCCCAUCUACAGCCGGCAAUCCGGACCACCCACGUCUGACCUGCCGCUGCCUGACGGCCUUAUGCGCGUUCCUUUCCGCGAAGCCUGGCCGGGUACCUUCUCACUCAUCAUUGAGACCUGGAGAGAGGCGUUAGGAGAGCAGAUUGAAGGACCAGGCUGGAGCUUGCUGUCGCGCGUGGCUGGACGGUGGCGCUUGGCGGCCGGGGGCCCGUGGGCCCGGGACGUGCAGCGCGCAGGUGGCUGGGAACUGCGUUUCUCGUACCGCGCGCGCUGCGAGCCGCCGGCCGUCGGGGCCUCGUGCACGCGCCUCUGCCGUUCGCGCACUGCCCCCUCGCGGUGCGGCCCGGAACAGCGUCCCUGCGACCCUGUGGAGGACGAGUGCGCGGCACCGCUGACCUGCCGACCAGGCUGCAGCCCAGAGCAUGGCUUCUGCCAGCAGCCUGGUGAAUGUCAAUGCCUGGAGGGAUGGGCUGGGCCUCUCUGCAGCGUCCCAGUCUCCGCUAGCAGCUGUCUCGGCCCCAGGGGCCCAUCCUCCGCUACCACCGGAUGCUUCGCACCCGGACCUGGGCCCUGUGAUGGAAACCCAUGUGCCAAUGGGGGCAGCUGUAGUGAAACACCAGGCUCCUUUGAGUGCGCCUGCCCUCGUGGGUUCUAUGGGCUGCGGUGUGAGGUGAGCGGGGUGACAUGCGCAGAUGGACCCUGCUUCAACGGCGGCUUGUGUGUAGGGGGUGCAGACCCCGAUUCUGCCUACGUCUGCCACUGCCCGCCCGGCUUCCAGGGCUCCAACUGUGAGAAGAGGGUAGACCGGUGCAGCCUGCAGCCAUGCCGGAAUGGCGGGCUUUGCCUGGACCUAGGCUAUGCUUUGCGUUGUCGCUGCCGCGCAGGCUUCGCGGGUCCACGCUGCGAACACGACCUGGACGACUGCGCGGGACGCGCCUGCGCUAACGGCGGCACGUGCCUGGAGGGCGGCGGCGCGCGCCGCUGCUCCUGCGCGCUCGGCUUUGGCGGCCGCGACUGCCGCGAGCGCGCCGACCCAUGCGCCUCGCGUCCCUGCGCCCACGGCGGCCGCUGCUACGCCCACUUCUCCGGCCUCGUCUGCGCUUGCGCGCCCGGCUACAUGGGCGCGCGGUGCGAGUUCGCGGUUCGUCCCGAAGGCGCGGACGACCGUGUAGGAGCAUUACCGGUGGCCCAGUCGAACCCGAGGCAGGGAGACGCGCAGCGCUUCCUUUUGCCGCCGGCUUUGGGAUUGCUGGUGGCUGCGGGCUUGGCCGGCGCUGCGCUUUUGCUGGUUCACUUGCGACGCCGUGGCACUGGCCGGGAUACUGGGACUCGCCUGUUGGCGGGGACCCCGGAACCACCGAUCCACGCACUCCCCGAUGAGCUCAACAAUUUGCGGACGCUAGAGGAUUCCGGGGAUGGUUCCAGCCUGCCUACUAAUUGGAGUCGUCCUGAAGAUGGAGAUUCUCGAGCAAUUUAUGUCAUAUCUGCUCCUUCGAUCUAUGCCCCGGAGGCCUGA